AUGUUUGACAUGUUUGCGAUUAUGCAGACCGAAGACAAAUCCUAUGAGCGUACUUUAACAGUUUCUCAAAUUGAAGAGCUUACGCAAGAAAAUACAAGACAACGCCAGUCACAAAGAAAUAUAUCCAACAUAAUCUCAACUUCAACUGCACAUUCUUCAUCAACAACCUCCAAUAAUUCCCAACAACAACAUGAAGAAUUCUCACUGGCUAAAUCUGUUGCAACAAGCCAAUCGGAAUAUUCAGAUGAUUCUGUUUCUCUGUAUACAAAUGCGUCUACAAAAGAACAAGAUUUUGGUCAAUUUGACAGAGAAGGAGAAUUUCAUCAGGUUGAAGGAUCAAAUCGACUAACAUAUCCACCACCAGCAUGUAUAAAAGGCACGUGUGAUGUUUGA